AUGACUCCGAUAGCAAUGAAAAUUUUGUGGAUUCUCGUGCUUCAUGAAAAUGAUGGCAGACUUCUAUUGAGAAAUGAAGAUGGAUCUGAUUUGGUGCAGCUUGCAUCUCAAGUAAGAAAGCAAGAUAAGAAAGUUUGGAACGAAUUGAAACCUGUGGGUGAGAUGACUGGCGAGAAUUCUAAGCAAACCGAAGUCAAUCAAAAACCACAGAGAAUUAGAGUUAAACCGACCAGAUUAAACGAAUAUCAAUUUAUUGGAGUUUUUAGUCAAGGAUCCGACAGUGUUCUCACAUUGAUUGCUUCGCUUACGAUCGGUUUUUUAAUAUUGAGUUUCACAGGAAUUGAAACGGUUUAUGCUUAA